GAUUUAAUAGUUUGCUUCAAGUAAUAUUGAUACCUUAAACCAUUUAUAAAUAUCCGUUGAAAAAUGUGAACAUCACAGUUUCCAAAAAUCUCACCAUGAAUCCAGUGAUCAAAACACUCCAGAGGCAAGGGUUUUGGAAACGCCCAGACCACACCACUUACAGUGGAGCUCAAGCCGUCGGGCUUAUUGUGGUGGCCAUUGUGUGGCUUGUGAUGCCUGAAGUGAUUUUUAUUUUACGUCAAGAGACCAAUUUUUUCACCAUUAUGAGAAAUUUGGCUGAAAUCUUCACCUUCGGCAUUGUCGUACCACAGGCCUCGAUUUUCCUUUCUCAUCGUGUUUUACUCGAAUGUACGUACACCGAGGUACAGUCCACACUGGACACCAUUGCAAUGGAUUCGAACAAAGAUGUUCAAAGAAUACUCAAAGGAUUGAACAAGUUUUCCGACCGAAUUUUCAAAGGAUACAUCGGUGGUGAAGCAUUUGUGGCUAUUCCUUAUUUUCUGUCCGUACCCUUUACUGUUGUUUUUAAAUAUUUGUACACUGGAGUAUUGCCAGCAUUGCGAGGGAUAUUGGAGUCUGAUUACUUCCUGUUUGAUUAUCAAGCGAACAUAAGGGUGUGGUCAAUAGUCACCGUGUUGAAUUCCAUAGUCAUCAUAUAUUGCGUAUCAUUCUUCAUCUCAAGCCAUAGCUUCUACUGGAGCUUACUAAAUAACGUUUCUGGAUUGUUUGAAAUCAUAAGCUUGAAGAUACAUUGUUUAAAUGAAAUUACUGAAGAAUCGCUGCAUCGUAAAAGACUUGCCGAGAUUAUUGAGGUGCAAGAGGUGGCGUACAGAAGUGCACGAGCUCUGGAAAAGUCACUAAACGUGUUUGUGCUGAUAUUGUACGGUAUGUGCAUCUUCAACGUGUGCAUGACUAUGGUUAUAUUGUCAUUCCCAAACAGCGACCAAGAUUUGCUGUUCAAAAUGCUACUUCUUCUGGUGUAUUUAUUGUUUCACAUAUUUGUUUAUUCCAUGCUUGGCACGGAACUAAUGUCAACGAGUGCAGCAACGGCGGACGCAUUCUACGCAACACAUUGGUAUAUGCGUUCUGUGAACGAGCAGCGUCUCAUUUUGUUUGCACUGGCAAGAUCGCAAAAGAUGGCAACACUGACAACUGGGAAAUAUUUCGAAGUUGGAAGGAACACAUUUGGCAUGGCACUGCAGACUUCCAUGUCCUAUUUCGCCGUUUUACGACAAGUUUAUAGUAACAAAUAA